AUGACAGCCUUCGUUCGCGUCUGUGGCCCGCCAAACAGCGCAUACCUCGUGGGAUAUCCCGGCAUAUCUGCUACACUGCCUCGAGUAGAAGGGAAGGUUGAAAUACGGCCCGACAAAGGAUACUCCGCUCCAGUCGCCAUAUCGCUAGUGACAAUAUACCUUCAACGGCGGGAGACCAUACAUCCUUCCGCAGAUUCGGUAACCAAGAAGCAUCUAGCGGCGCCGAGGAAGGAGCUUGUGGACAUAGUUGGGAAGGAAAUGCUGCUAUUUCGAUGUCCAGCAGGGAAAGAGUCAGAGAACGUUUACUCGAUGGACCUACCUUUUGUGCUGUUUAUUCCAUUUGGAAGAGGAGGAGAAGAGACGGCGCGGAGGGUACCGCCAGCGAGUUUGCAGUUAGGCAGCAGGACGGCAGAAACAUAUUACGAGAUGGUGGUGAUGGUACAGCAAGGUCAUACAGAGCAAAGAAAAUACGCCUUCCCAGUCCCAAUAUCGAGAUACGAUACCCUUUCCACAUUCGGCAUGUACAACAGGCCAGAGUCCGCCGAAAGAAUCACAGACCACCUCGUCACGUUAGGCAUAUCACUCCCUCGAUGGUCAUACGGUCCUCUGGAUCCCGUCAGCGUCUACAUCAAACUAUCUCCAAACCCCGACUGGCUGAACAAAGCGAAGAGAGUAACGAUAAACAAGAUAACGAUUGGAAUUGACGAAGAAAUCAUUUACAACCACGAAGGCGACGAACCGCAACGAAAAGUCAAAACGCUAGCGAAGCAAACCCAAACAGUAGGUGUGAAGAUGCCGGAAGCUGGGUAUUUCACGAACCUUGGAUUAGUCUUCCCGGCGAAGGAUCUCAGGGACAACGACGGGGUAAUACCGAGGGGGAAGCAGGCUUUCCCCACGUAUUCGGUCAGCGGUUUUACGACAACAGGCAGUCUUUAUAAGAUCGAGUACUACCUGACUGUGAAGGCACACAUGACCUCCGCAAAAGACAUUCUACUCCGCCAACCGAUCGUCGUCUGUCCGCUCGACCACACCGCCUGUAAGGAAGAAAUGGAAGCCAUCGAGCAAGCCGCAAAAGAUGCCGGAAACAUCAGACCGGAUAAUCCCAUGCUCCCUGCGCCGACAAUAAUCCGCGUGAAUGAUUACAACGCAUUGCAUACGCUAGGCAUGACAAUGGUUGGGUCCACGAGGAAGCCGCUGAUUGAAUAA